AUGGAUAAUCGUUUGGAAAAAAAUGUUAACAAAUUGAUUGAACGCUACAAGAAAACUAGCUUAUAAAUAGAUUAAAUGAUAUAACCAGAAUCAUAAAAUUAACCACCUAUUAUGGUUUAUCAUACUAGGUCGAGAUAAAGCAGGGCUAAUAUUAAUGAUGAGUAAUUGUUGCAUUCCUAAAAGAAAUUAGAGAGAGCUCUUCUAGAGAGAAAAAAAAUCAUUCAAUUGAACAAAUAAGUAGACUUAGAGAAACCUUAAAUGCAAAGGAGAAUUAAGAGAAGGAAAAAUAAGAAAGAUUAUUGAUACUUAAUAAAGAAUUGAAAGUAAUAUUUAAUAUUGAAAUUUAGAUGACUUUAAAGGAUUAUAUUUAAGCAAAUAAGGAAUUAGAGGGUAAGUUAAGUUUGAGAGAGAGAAACAUUAAAUAAAUAGAAUUUGAAUUAAAAUCUCUUUAAGAUAGUUUAGCAAAGUCAGAAAAUAAUCAAAAAGAUAUAAAAUUAAAGUGUGAAAGUCAAGAUAAAAUAAUAGAAGAAUUAAAAUAAUAAUUACAUGCUUCCCGUUAAUAAUUAUAAUCAAAGAAAGAUAAAAUUUAACUAUUAAAAAAGUAGAUUAAAUAAUAGGAAAAAUAAUAUGAAGAAUAGAGUCUAAAUUUUGGAAAGGAAUUAGAACGUGUAUAAAAAUUAUGUGAAGAGUUUUCAACUGAAAUGUAUAUUUGUAAUAUUAUUAAAUAGAAAAAAUUAAGCAGAAUAAAACAGAGAUUAGGAAGAUGAAAUUAGAUAAUUAAAAAAUGAAUCUAAUUCAAAAGAUGAAUAAAUUAUAUACUUUGAUUAAUUAUUAUAAGAUAUAAGAUUUAGAGAUGAAGAUAAUUAAAAGUAAAUAGAGUACUUAUCUAAACUAUUACAAUCUUAAAAAGAUUAAACAUAAUAAUAUUUAAAUAAAUAUGAAGAAUCUUAAUCAUAUUUAAAUAAACUUUAAUAAAAUUAAUAAAAUCUUACUAUGAAUUUUGAAUAAGAAAUUAUUAAAAUUAAUAAUUAAAAUAAAGAUCUUUUUGAUAAAAAAAAAUAAAAAAUUAAUGAAUAUAGAUUAAAAAUAGAAUAAUAUUAAAAUAAAAAUAGUGAUCUUUAAAGACAAUUAGACAUUUCAGAUAAGAAAUGUUAAAUUUAAGAAUAUGAAUUAAAAAAAUUAACUCAAAUUUCAUAAGAAUUGAAAACCAUUAAUGAUCAAAAUAAUCAAAAAUAAAAUCUUAAUGAAUCAAGAAUUAAUUAAUUACUCUUGGAAUUAUCAGAGUAAAAAUAAAUUAAUUUUAAUUAAAAAGAUAUUAUUACAGAAUAUGAAUAAAAGUCAUAAUAACAUAAGACUAUUAUUCAAUAGGUUUAAUUUAUUUAAUUAUAUUUUAGCUAACUGAGGAAAAUUAAAAUCUUUCUGACUCUCUUAUUUAAAUACAAAAUUAUACUAAAAAUUUAGAAUUUGAAUUUUAAGAAGAAAAAUAAUAAAAGGAAAAAUAAAUGGAUGAAAUUGAAUAAAAGAUAGACUUAUUAUUUGAAUAACUUUAAUCUACAAAAGAUGAAUUAAAAGAUUCUAAAUAAAAAGAAUAAGAUUUGAAGACAAAAUUAAAAUAAUAGGAAAUCGAAAUUGAAAGUUAAGUAUAAAAAUCUUUGAAGUAUAAAUAAUAGACAGAUGUACUUAGAUAAACCAUUAAAAAUGUAAUUAUAUUUUAAUUUUAAAGUUAGAAGAUAAAUUUAAGAUUUAUGAUACUUAAACAUAAUAAGUGUAAAUUUAAUAAUAAAAAUAAGAAGAAUAAUAAAAUUAAUAAAAAUUAAAAGUUUUAGAAGAUAUUUAAUCAUUAAUCAAAUAACAUAGAAAAAUAUGA